UGCGCUGUGUGGUGCUGUGGGAGGGAGAGAGAAUGACAGCGGGUCACUCUUUCUCUUAACCGUGUGGACGUCAAGCCGAAACAAAACCACACUUGUGAUGAAAAUGCUUUACCUAUAAAGGAGAUUUGUCGUUACACGGAGUACCAUGCGAGCGAGGGACACCGUUUAAUAGAUUUGGGGCACUCACCUCAUUCCUGACAGUGUUACUAAAGGCCUUACUUCAAGAGGAACUAUGGGCUCUAAAGGAGUAGAGAGGCGUAAACAGGCCACCCCUGGCCAGACCCCUGAGGGGAACGUGGUGAUGAGCUUCAGUUUUGAAAGCUACCAGCUGGAGGAAGAAGACUGCCAAGUGAAAGAUAUCUCAGAUAAAGGGGUGCUGGCCCUUUCAGAACAUGCCUUUGAGGAGCCUGUUCCAGAAGAUCGCUACCAUGGGAUCUAUUUUGCCAUGCUCCUGGCCGGAGUUGGAUUCCUGUUGCCUUACAAUAGCUUCAUUACAGAUGUGGACUACCUCCAUCAUAAAUUUGAAGGGACACACAUUGUGUUUGAUAUGGGUUUAACGUACAUCGUUGUUGCUCUUGUGGCCGUGAUCCUAAACAACGUCCUGGUGGAGAUGCUGAGCCUGCACACCAGGAUCACUGUGGGUUAUUUCUUUGCACUUGGACCUCUGCUGUUUGUCACCGUCUUUGAUGUGUGGCUGGAAAAGUUCACCACGAAGCAGUCGUACAUCAUCAACCUGAUGUCUAUGGGGAUUGUGGCAUUUGGAUGCACAGUGCAGCAGUCCAGCUUCUAUGGAUACAUGGGGAUGCUACCUAAACACUACACACAGGGAGUGAUGACCGGAGAGAGCACGGCAGGAGUGAUCAUUUCACUCAGCCGUAUUUUCACUAAAAUACUGAUCCAAAACGAGAAGGAGAACACCAUCAUCUUCUUUGGCAUUUCCAUCACGAUGGUGCUGAUGUGCUUCGUUCUGCACUUGCUGGUGCAGAGGACAAGAUUUGUGCGGUACUACACCGGUCUGGCACGUCGGGGUCUGUCCUAUGCCAAAGACCACUCACACCAUGGAAACCAGUAUCAGGUCCAUCAUGAUGUCAUUACAGAAGAAGUAAGAUUUGGCAAUGGUGGUGUGGGUGCUUCCCCACCUGAAGAUGGCUCCACAGACUUUGCCGGCAGCAACACUUACGUAAGGUUUGAUGUGCCCAAACCAAAGAUUAGACGCAACUGGCCAGGUAUUAAAGACAUGAUUCUACAUCGCUAUGUAGUCGCCCGGGCGAUCUGGACUUACAUGCUGUCCAUUGCUGUGACUUAUUUCAUCACACUGUGUCUUUUUCCUGGACUCGAGUCUGAAAUCAAGAAUGCCAAAUUGGGGGAAUGGUUGCCCAUUAUUAUCAUGGCCAUCUUCAACAUAUCUGACUUUGUCGGCAAAAUCGUGGCGGCAGUGCCAUACGACUGGAACGGGACACGUCUUCUCUUGUGCUCUUGUGUGCGAGUGGUCUUCAUCCCUCUGUUCAUCAUGUGCGUUUACCCCGCUCAGAAGCCCACCUUCAGCCACCCGGCCUGGCCUUGCAUCUUCUCUCUCCUCAUGGGCAUUUCUAAUGGCUACUUUGGCAGCGUUCCUAUGAUUCAUGCUGCGGGCAAAGUAGCACCUGAGCAGAGGGAACUAGCAGGGAACAUAAUGACUGUGUCCUACAUGUCUGGACUAAUGUUGGGCUCUGUGGUUGCCUAUGCUGCCUACAGCUUCACCGCUCCAGGCUCUAGAUUUCACUCUGGGACCGGCUACAACUUCACUAAGGGUUACUAGUGCCAAAAUCCAAACCAAAUAAAGACAAACCACGUCUCCUGUCAUCAAUCUCAUCAGGUGGCGCUAUUGUACCACUUUGUGUAGCAACUCCGCAGUCUCCAUAAAUCAGUACUGUGCUGCAGGGUUCCUCUGACCCAAUGCUGUGUGCCUCUGAAUGUAGUCAAAUGGAUGAAGAGUUAUAUGUAAACUAAGUCGUGUUGCCUUUCCUUGUUCUCUAAAAGUGUUUUCUCGAAGCUGCCAAAUGUUAGCUGUGUGAUGAAGGGGGUAGCACUGUGAAUAUAAGGGUAAAGAAGUCUGAUGUUUUUUGUUGGUUUAUGAUUCGACUUCACACUCUGUGGUGUUGUAAAUGGGUUUGAUCAGAGAAACGUUAAUUUUAAAGAGACUGAUGAACUGUAUUCAAGGGUCGGUUUAUGUUCAAUCAAUAUUAUGUCUAAACUGAUGCAUGUUUUCUUGAGUGCAAUAUGAAUACUGGACUUUUUGCUAAAGCUCACUGAAUGUAAACAUGGCUAAGUAAAUUGUUUUUGUAAAUUUC